AAAGUGUAAAAGAGAACUUCUAUAUGAUCUGGCAAUCCCAUAUCUGGGUAUAUACCUAAAGGAAUUGAAAGUAGGGUCUCAAAGAUAUUUGUGCACCCAUGUUCAUAGCAGCAGUAUUCACAACUGGCCAGAGAUGGAACCAACCCAAAUACCCAUGUAUGGAAUCUUAAAAAAGGAAGGGAAGCCUAUCACAUGCUACAACAUGGAUGAACUUUGAGGGCAUUAUUCUAAGUGAAAGAAGAUAGUCACAAAAAGGCAAAUACAGUAUGAUUCCACUUAUAUGAUGUAUCCAAGGUUGUUAAAUUCAUACAAACAGAAAGUAGAAUGGUGCCUACCAGGGACUGGGGGAGGAGGAAAAGGAGAGUUUUUGUUUGAUGGGUAUAGAGUUUCAGAUUUGCAAAAUGGAAACGUUCUGGAGAUCUGCUUCCCAACAAUGUGAAUGUACUUAACACUAUGGAACUGUAUACCUCAAAAUGGUUAUGAUGGUAAAUUUUGUGUUACAUUUUUUAACCGCAGUAAAAUACAUUGCUCAUUGCAGAGCCAUAUUACUUAAGGACUGUAUUUUCUGCUCCUUUGAUCUACUGUUGUGUUUCCUGUGCCAUUGAAAAUACAGUGUUCGUAGAAUCAAGAUAAAAUAAAUUCACCAUUUUAUUUUAUUUUACUUUACUUUAGGUUACUUUUUCUUUUUUAGAGAGAGAGCACAGAAGUGGGGGACAGAGGCACAGGGAGAGAGAGGGGGAGGGGGGGAUCCCAAGCAGGCUCCAUGCUUAGCACAGAGCCUGAUGUGGGGCUUGAUCCCACAACCCUGGGAUCAUGACCUGAACAGAAAUCAAGAGUCAGAUUUAGCCAACUGAGCCACCCAGGUGCUACAGAUUCACCAUUUUAGACUCCAUCAGUUGGCUUUACCAUAUCUUCAAAUAUUUCUAAAUAAUUCAGGUUCCCAUAACUCUUGCCCGAAGCUCUCUUUCUGCUUCUGUCUAGACUAAAUGAUCUCUAAAUGUGUACAAAACUAUCAUCUUGUUUUUAUACCUCUCCUAGUUAAGCCCAUUGUUUGAUAGAUUACUUAUCUCCUAUUUUUAAAGCCCUCUCUGUGCUACAGUGUAUCCUCAAGUGGAUUCCUAAGAGAGGGCACAUGAAAAAUAAACUCUGUCUCUGCAUGUCUGAAAAUGCAUUUAGUUUUCUUUUACACUUAAUUGAUGUGCUAUAUAGCAUAUAUGUCAUUUAAUGUCCGAAAAAUUCUAAAAAUUCCUGCCUUUUCAUAUCUGGGAUCAUUUCAUCUCUACUAUUAUUUCCUUAAUAACUGUAUUCCUAACUUUAUUUUUUUCUGAGUCUUGUGUUUUGUCAGAUAUUGAACAUUCUCAAUAAUAUCUCUAGUUUCUUAUAUUUCUCCUUUAUUUUACAUCUUUGGUUUUUCCUCUCCAUCCUCUUUUAAAGUGAGUCCCUCACUUUAUUUUGAGCAUUUCUGUUUCUUCCCCUAGGAGAAGUGUUGAUAUUUGUUGCUACAGGAUGCAGGGAUAUCCUGGCAACUUCACAGCAGAAGAGUGACAUGCUGAAAACGGGAAAAACCUCAUGACGUCAAAUCUGGUAAUCCACACCAAAUUUCUGAAAACUAAAGAGAAGGAAAAAAUCUUGAUGGCAGUGACAGUAGAUUUCUCACCAAAAACCAUGGGAGUCAGAAACAAGUGACACAUAUUUUUCAAGUGCUGAAAGAAAAGAAAUGUUAAAAGAAUCAUAUAUCCAGUGAAAAUAUCUUUCAGGAAGAGAAUUUGUUGCCAGUAGACCUACCCUAAAAGACUGGCUGACGGAAGUUCUCCAAACAGAAAGGAAUCAAUUAAAAAAAGAAUCUUGGAACAUCAGGAAAGAAGAACACAGUAAAUAAAAAUACGGUUAAAUGUCAUAGACAUUCCUUCUCCUCUUGAGUUUUCUAAAUUAUGUUUGAUGGUUGAAUCCCAAAUUAUAUAUGAUUAUGUCUGAUUAGUUCUAAGUAUAUAUUGAAGAAAUACUUAAGACAGCUUUAAAUGGGGGAGGUUAAAGGGAGGUAAGUUUUCUACCCUUCUCUUGAACUGGUAAAAUGACAUACCAGUAAACUGUAAUAAGUUAAGUAUGGAGCAACUACUAGAAAAGCUAUACAGUGUGAUACACCAAAAAACGCUAUAGAUAAAUCAAAGUGGAAUUCUAAAAAAGUAUUCUAAUAAACUACAAGAAAGGCAGGAAAAAGAAAACAGAAACAAAAAUCAGAACAAAUAUAAAAGAAAAAAUAAAAUGUCAGGCUUAGGCUCUAAUAUAUCAGUAAUUACAUUUAAGGUAAAUGGUCUAACAUAGCAGUAAUUACAUUUAAUGCAAAUGGUCUGAACACACCAAUCAAUACAAAGAGAUUGAUAUAAUGUGUUUAAAAAUGACCAACUGUAUGCUGUCUACAAGAAACUUCACUUCAAGUAUGAUAUAGGCAAGUUGAAUGUAAAAAGAUGGAAAACAUAUUAUGCAAAUGUUGAUAAAAAUGUAUUAGGAGUGGCCAUACUAAUGUCAGAUAAAGUGACAUCAGAGGAAAGAAAAUGACCAGAGACAGAGUAGGACAUUAGGUAAUGAUAAAAGAGGACAGAGCAUUCCUAAAUACGUAUACAUAUUUACAAACAACAAAGGUACAAAAUACGUGAAGCAAAAACUGACAAAACUGAAAGGAGAAAUAGAUCUACAAUAAAAGUUGGAUUCUUCAAUACAGAAAAUCAGCAAGAACACAGAACCGAACAACACCCUCAACAGGAUGGAUCUAAUCCAUAUUUACAGAACACCUAGCCAAAAAUACCAGAAUACACAUUCUUUUCAAAUGCUUCCCAAAAGUAUGCAAGAUAGACUGUGUAAACAAGGCCAUACACAAACUUCAAUCAAUUUAAAAGAAUUGAAAUCAUACAGUGUGGGUUCUCCAUUCACAAUAGAAUCAAACUAAAAAAUCAAACAUAAAGUAACAGGAAAAUCUUCAAAUGCUUGAAAACGAAACAUUUCUAAUUCAUGGAUCAAAGGCAAAGUCUCAAGGAAUAUAAAAAAUACAUCAAGCUUAACUAAAAAUGAAAAGACAACAAAUUAAAAUUUAUAAGACACAGCUAAAGCACUGCAGAGGGACAUUUAUAGCACUAAAUGCAUAUUAGAAAAGAGGAAGGGGCUCCUGGGUGGCUCACUCGGUUAAGCGUCUUGACUCUUGAUUUCAGCUCAGAUCAUGAUCUCACAGUUCGUUUAUUGAGUUCCAGCCCUUCGUGGGACUCAUCACUGAUGGUGUGGAGCCUGUCUGGGAUUCUUUUUCUCUCCUUCUCUUUCUGCCCUGCCUCUGUGCACAUGUGAUGUUUCUCUCUCUCUCUCUAAAACUUAAAAAAAUUUUUUAAAGAAAAGAGGAAAAGUCCCAAUCAUCUAAUCUCCCACCUCCAGAAUCUAGAAAAAUAAGAGAAAAAUAACCCAAAGCAAGCAGGAGAAGCAGGAGGAAGAAAAUAGUAUAAAUAAUAGAAGAAACCAAUUAAAUUCCAAAUAAAAAUAAUAGAGAAAAUCAAUGAAAUAAAAAGUUGAUUCUUUGAAAAAAUAAAACUGACAGAUAUCUAACAAGGAAGUCUUCUUCCCCAAACAUUUGAGAUUUCAAAUGUGUUUAGCAUCAAUUCCUUUAUAUUUUCAGACUUUUAUGCAUCAUUUCUUUCUCCCAUCAAUUGAGAGGGUUCUUUAAGUGAUUGCUUACAUGUCUCCAUCUUUGCCCUGAGUCAUUGUUUUUUCUUGCAUAUAGUUAAAUGAGAUUUUAAGAGAUUUAUAACAAAAUUAAAGAGUUCUAAGAUGAACCAUGAGGGUUGGUCUUUAUCUUUCAUUUUUAGUAAACUUGAAGAAUUUUUAAAAUGUAUAAUGGAAUGAAAGGAAAACAAACAUUUGUAGCAUAAAAAUGGAAAUCAGCUUGAUCAGCUAUGCAAUAAUUAUAAGCUAACUAAAUAAAAUUAAGUUUAAUGUACUUUAUAAUGUUUCAUCAAAGUAUUAUUUCAGCUCUUUGAUAAUAAUCAGUUAAUCUUAAUGAUCUGUCACUUCACAUAAGCAUACACGAACAUAAUAAGUAUUGGUAUGAGUAUUGGAAAUGGUGUUUUUUUACAUUGUUUCCCUUUACAUGUUGUGUCUAGAGGAAACCAAGGUUUUGCCACCUAAUUAUUAAAAAUAAGCUGGAAUAUGAGUAAGAAGGUUCCCAAUGAAUGAAGGAAACCUUCUAUAUCUUGAAAGAGUUGUGGGUUACAUGGAUGGAUCCAUUGUUAAAAUGGCACAGUUAAGAUUGGUGCAUUUGAAUUUGUGUAAAUGUUACCUUAAAACAACUAUACAAAAAUAAACAUUGACUGGGAGGCGGAGGGUGGAGGGAAAGAUAUAGAUGAAGCAAGACAAGAUGUUUUGAAGCUGGGUGAUGUGUACAUGGAAGUUAUGCUGUUUGCCUUGUAUGUACUGAACUUGUUCCACAAUAAAUGCUAAUGAGUUAUUACUUGUGAGACAAGUUGAUAAAUGUCAAUUCAAUUCUACUCUAGCAAAGCAAAACAAAAGAGAGUAAAACAGAGACACAUUCUCCUGAAAGAAUCUAAAGUAAUCCAUUUCCAUAAAAAGGCAGUUUCUUCACAUACCAACUGACACCCUUGGAGGAUACAUUAAGAUAUUCUGUUCUUCUUUCUAUAAUAAAAAGCAAUGUUCUACAAGAUAUUUCAGUGAUCUAAACUGAGUUCUACAGAUGCUUUACUGCUAGUAAAAUUUGCUUUAAAAUGAAAAAUUAUUCAGUAAGCUAUCUGUGAAGAUGUGUGGUGGUGCUGCAGGUCAAGAGAGUAAAUAAAGGACUGCACAGAUGUCAGGGAUGCCGUUAAGCUGGAAUCAGAAUAUCCACUGAAGGAAGGAAAUCUUUAGGGUUGGACUAGAAAUAGCUCUGUUUCAAAGAAGAAACUACACCCAUAUAAUGUGUUUAUGGUUGUUGGUUUUACUUCAUCAGUUUAUUUUGUCAUUCAUACCCUCAAGGAAAUCUAUUCUCAGUAACAUUUAUCAAGUGAACCAUAGAGACUGGUCACCAUAAUCUUAUUUUUUUAUCCUUCUGGAUAGAUAGAGUGCUUUUUAAGUACAAAAUUAUUUCAUAUGGUCAGAGUUUAGAUUUUAUUUAGCUUUACUUAUUUUACCUAGAGUUGAAACAUUUUGAAAAAGAUCCUCAGUUUUAAUCUUUCAUCAUUUUGGCUCUUACCUGAAGUGAAGUUUGGUUGAACUCAGUUGAUUUAAUCUCUCAAUAUAUAUGAAAUCAAUCUGAAAUGAAAUUAUGCUUGGCGCAUUUUGUGUUGUUAUAUGUGCACUGACCCAGUUCAUGUAUUUUCAGGAUGUUUAAAGACAUGUUUUCCUAUUAAUCUGAACAGAAACUGAGGAGAUAGAAAUGGAUAAAGCCAUGAUGAACCAUCAUUGAAUUCUGUGGAAUCCACUCAAGUGUAAUUCACCUUUCACAUUACCUUAUUUGAUGUUUAUUUAUAGAAACUCAUGUCAUCUUUGUUGUGGGAGGGUGGUAGAGGUGAAUGUUUAUUUUCUGCAUUGCAUUAUGUCCUUACAACAGGAUAAUAUAUUUGGGCCUCGAUUAAUUACUAUAGGAGUUAAAUUUGAUUUAAAAAUUACAAUAAUAUAAACAAUCCUAAUAAAAAUCAUGACCAAUUCUACCUGUACAAAAUGAAGUAAAAUCCCAAGAUGUGUACUCAUGACAGACAAUUGAUUGUUGCUAGUUCCUCUUUUAAAUAAUUGAAUUGAUUAGAUACUUCUAUCUUAAGUAUUUCUUGGCCUCAGUUUUCCUUCUAAUAGCCUAAUUCUUUCCUUUAUUUUGCAGGUAUAAGCACAAAAUAAAGUAGGUCUGUUGUUUAUGUCAUUUUAUGAGCCAUAUAACUUAGAGAAAUAGUUUUUUUAUUUUAUAAUUGGUGUUGCUAACCAACAUUUACAUUUUGUAGUUUAUUGAUUUGUUUGUUGGGACAAAUAAUGUACAUUUUGAAUUCACAAAUAACACUAUUCGUCAGAGAUAAAUUUCAUUGCCAAAGAAUACAAGAUGAUUAUAGUAAAUUUACAUUACUUGGGGUAGUGAUUUUUAAACGUUAGUAUGCAUGAGAAUCACUUAAAGACAAAGAUUGAAGUGCAGAUUUCAGUUAGCACCCCCCAGAGAAUUUGAUUCAAGAUCUAGAGGGAAGACUAGGAGUUGACUUUGAAAAAAAAACAACCCAAGACUCCCAAGUAAUUAUUUAUGCAUAUGGUUCACACACUAUGGUUUGAGAAACACUGACUCCACCUCAAAGUCUUUAUAACGCUCAGAUUUGGGGAAUAGUAUUGCCUGUAUGUUAUCAUAUUGAAGUUAUCAAUUUGAACGCGUGGUGGCAGUGCAGGCUAAGAGAGUGAAUAAAGCUCUGCAGAUUCGGAGGACUCCAUUUUAUUCAGAGACCCCCUCUCCCCUCAAAUAUAGGACACAUUUACAGCUAGAGCAAAGUUAGAAGUAUUCAGGAAGGCAGUCGUCACCAGAGAAGUUAUAAGACAAAUUCGAAAUUCAACAGCAAAGAGAUUACGGAGGGUAGAUGAUGGACGUGGUGAUUGGGACUGGAAAAGGAUUUUUUCCUCUGGAAUCAGACCUAAUAGAAAUGGCGCAAACAAAAGUACAUCGCAAGAAAAGGCAAGUGACUAUCUUCAUUAUAUGGAUGAUUUUGUGGGAAGUGGGUUCAGAAUCGAUUCAAUAUUCUGUACUGGAGGAGACAGAAAGUGGCACGUUUGUGGCCAAUUUGACAAAGGAUCUGGGACUCAAGAGAGGAGAGCUGGCUGAGCGGGGUGCUCAGGUCGUUUUCAAGGGGAACAGACAGCAUUUGCAGCUUGACCCACAGACUUAUGAUUUGCUGCUAAAUGAGAAACUGGACCGGGAAGAGCUGUGCGGUUCCACUGAGCCCUGUGUGCUACCUUUCCAAGUAUUACUGGAAAAUCCCUUGCAGUUUUUUCAGGCUGCUUUACGAGUCAGAGAUAUAAAUGACCACGCCCCAGAGUUCCCAACCAGAGAAAUGCUACUAAAUAUAUCAGAAAUUACUACACCAGGAAAGCUAUUUCCUUUGAAAAUGGCACAGGAUUUAGACGCUGGUAGCAACGGUCUUCAGAGCUACAUAAUCAGCUCCAAUCCUCAUUUCCACGUUCUCACUCGCAUUCGCAGCGACGGCAGGAAGUUCCCGGAGCUGGUGCUAGACAAAGCCUUGGACCGGGAGGAGCAGCCCGAGCUUAGGCUUACCCUCACAGCACUGGAUGGUGGGUCUCCGCCGCGUUCUGGAACCACGGAGAUUCAGAUACUGGUCUUGGACAUCAAUGACAACGCCCCCGAGUUUGCUCAGGAGCAAUAUGAGGCGCAAAUCCCUGAAAACAAUUCCCUGGACUCUCUGAUUAUCACCGUCUCAGCGAGGGAUUUAGAUGCUGGAUCUUUUGGGGAAGUAUCUUACGCCCUAUUUCAGGUAGAUGACAUUAAUCAGCCCUUCGAAAUAAACGCAAUUACAGGCGAAAUUCGACUGAGAAAGACUUUGGAUUUUGAGGAAUUUCAAUCUUACCAUGUGGAUAUUGAGGCUACAGAUGGCGGGGGACUAUCAGGAAAAUGCUCUUUGGUCAUCAAGGUUCUGGACGUAAAUGACAACACUCCUGAAUUGACCAUGUCCUCACUCACCAGUCCCAUUCCCGAAAACCUGCCAGACAUCAUAGUGGCAGUUUUCAGUGUAUCAGAUGCAGAUUCUGGACAAAAUCAACAGAUUGUUUGCUCUAUAGAUGACAAUCUCCCCUUUCUUCUAAGACCAUCAGUGGAGAAUUUCUACACAUUGGUGACUGAAGGAGCGCUGGAUAGAGAGAGCCAGGCCGAGUACAACAUCACCAUCACCGACCCCUCCCCACAAACAUACCAACUCAUUUCUAAGGAUUCGGUUUCUGCCAUUUCUGAGAACUGCUUGAGGCCGAGUGAACGUGGUUUUGAAAGAUUGUUUAAACGAAGAAUGGAGGCCAGAGUGAUGCCUGAAGUGCAGAAAAGGCAAGUGUUUUUUCUUUGUGUAUUUCUGGGAAUGUCUUGGGCUGGCACAGAACCGCUUCGGUAUUUUGUGGCGGAGGAAACGGAGAGAGAGACCUUUCUGGCCAACCUAGCAAAUGAUCUGGGGUUGGGGGUGGGGGAACUGUCAGCUCGGGGAUCUAGAGUCAUUUCAGAUGAGAACAUACGAUUUUUACUAUUCAAGCCGCUUACUGGUGAUUUACUUCUAAAUGAGAAAUUAGACCGAGAGGAACUGUGUGGGCCCAGAGAGCCGUGUGUGCUACCUUUCCAGUUGUUACUUGAAAAGCCUUUUCAGAUUUUCCGUGCUGAACUAUGGGUCAGAGACAUCAACGAUCAUUCUCCAGUAUUUCUAGAUAGAGAGACUACCUUGAAAAUAUUAGAAAGUACCACUCCAGGGGCAACAUUUCUCCUAGAAAGUGCACAGGAUUCAGAUGUUGGAAUCAACAACCUGAGAAACUACACGAUCAGCUCCAAUGCCUAUUUCCAUAUUAAUGUCCGUGAUAGUGGGGAGGGGAAUGUUUAUCCUGAAUUGGUCCUGGAUGCAGUGCUGGAUCGUGAAAAGGUUUCUGAGCUCAAUUUAACCCUCACAGCCUUGGAUGGCGGGUCUCCGCCCAGAUCCGGGACUGCCCUCAUACGCAUCCUGGUUUUGGACAUAAAUGACAACAUCCCUGAAUUUGUACAGUCCCUCUACAAGGUGCAGGUGCCUGAAGACAGCCCUGUUGGCUCCCUGGUUGUCGCUGUGUCAGCUAGAGAUUUAGAUACCGGAACUAAUGGAGAAAUAGUCUAUGCAUUUUUUUAUGCAACUGAAGUAAUUCUCAAAACAUUUCGAAUCAAUUCAACAUCUGGCAAGCUUUAUCUUAAAGCCGAAUUGAACUACGAGGCAAUACAAACUUAUACAUUAACUAUUCAGGCCAAAGAUGGUGGAGGGCUUUCUGGAAAAUGUACAGUGGUGGUCCAUGUAACAGAUAUAAAUGAUAAUCCACCGGAACUGCUUAUGUCAUCACUUACUAGCCCAAUUGCAGAAAACUCACCUGAGACAGUAGUAGCUGUUUUUAGGAUUAGAGACAGAGAUUCAGGGAACAAUGCAAAGAUGGUGUGCUCCAUCCAAGACCAUCUCCCCUUCGUCCUGAAGCCUUCAGUACAGAAUUUCUACACCCUGGUAACAGAGAGACCCCUGGACAGAGAGAGCCAGGCCGAGUACAACAUCACCAUCACUGUCACCGACUUAGGGACCCCCAGGCUGAAAACGCAGCACACUGCAAUGCAAGUUUCAGCCUCCAGAUGCCGCUGCCGGACAAUGCAGAGGGAGCUAGCUAGCAGGAAAGCAAAUGGCGGCUUCUGCGGAAUGAUUUUCGACACAGUAAGUAAGGCCCAGCAGACACUCCCAAUCCACACUCUCACGGAACAAAGAUAUUCAAAAACCGGGGCGCGGAAAGUGAUCCGCUACCGAUUAGCAACGGAAUGGCGGAGGGCAGGCAGGGCGAAAUCUCGCCGAGAGCCGCAACUCGCAGAGCCUGAAGCGAUAGCUGCGCAGCUCAGCAGGUCUCGGUCCGGGGCGGCAGACCGAGCGAAAAAGAAAGCACUACGUCAUCCCGCCGGGCGGGAGAAGCGGCUGCACUUAUUGUCUCUUUCACCCCAGAUUGGAAGCUCUGUGAUAAUCCAGUUUUCAGUCUCCCAUAGUCAUCGUGUCCCAGUGCCUACUUUGUCCUUAUCUUGUAAACUUCUUAAGUCUCUGCUCAUAAGAAUUCUGCCAGCAGUAACCAGGGAGCUUCCUUCCUUGUCCACGAUGCAUCAUGGAGUAGAAGAGAAGAUUGGAGGCAGUUUAAGGGCCCCUUUCAAGAUCCUGAUUGAAAUGGAGGUUGAGAACUACAGUGCUGUGCAGGUGACUUUCAGCUGGGUGUCUAGUCCUAUUAAAGGCAAGAACUGUGGUUGCCCAAGCCAAAACAAUGGAGAGAUGAAAGAUACAGAAAGUAGUAAACACACAGUCAAACAAUUUACUUCUAAGAAUUACUAUGCAAUUCUUUGUAAGCUACAGACAGAUGGAAUUCUAAACUGGAAGCAGACCAUGAAAUACACUGUCACCACCGGAGCCACCAAGGACAAGCUGUCCCUCUCCUCCAGCAUAAGCAUCACCCUGCAUAUCACCACCGUCAACAAAAAAUGCUUGUUUUCCAGCAGACCUCUUUCUGCAGUCCAGGAGAAUGGGAACACCUGCUAUAAGUCUCCAUCUCACACUUUAAUGCUUCUUACCCAGAUGUGGGGCCCUGUGCACCUAUUUCUUCCUGGCCAGCAACCUGGCACUGUGUGCACUGGAGGCACAAGAGUGAGAUUAGCACCAUGGCACUGUGAGCAACAGAGAUGUUGCUCUACAGGGGUUGCUGGUCACUGCAUACAAUACCAACAGUCAUCAUGCUGCACCUGGUCUUUGCAGAAGUUGCUGCCAGAACUCAGCAAUGGCCUGGCACCAGGUGCCAGGCAGGCAGAGCUACAAUUUUACCUGCCUGUGGCCUUGUCCUUGAUAUCUGUGUUCUUCCUCACAGUGACUCUGGCCUUCACCCUGUUUCUGUGGGGCUCCUCCAGCCCUACUUUCAGUCUGGUCUCUGGUCCAAGCCUAGAUUUGGAGAUGCUUCUACUUCAAGUGAGAUUUGCCCUAAUUCUACAAUCUUUGUGUGGCUUCAGAUAUUGGAAAGUCUUAAUUUCUUGA